AUGUCCGACGAACCCGCUCAAUUCAUCGAGUCGGUAUUCCGAAUGGCUGGGCUAGAAGAACCUCGACUUAAACCCGGCGAGGAUUUUCUAACGUAUGUAAGCCGCCCGAAGGUAUUGAUACCGUUGUACUUUACCGCUCCCCGGACGUUUCAAGAGCAGGUCCCAGAGACACGCAAGAAAGCCAUGAAGCUCUACCCUACGCUCUACCACCUAGCCCAAGCCGGCCUGCACACGGUAGACCAACGCCGCCAGUAUAUUCAAGCCUACCGUCCAUACCUAUGUACUCUCAGCAUGGAACAAGAAUUCCGGGUCUGGCUCAUGUCGCCACACAGUAUGGACCACCAUCUUAUGCUCAAACGCAAGUAG